AUGGUCGAACGGAAGGGCAAGCGGAUCAGGGAGGCCCCUAACAUAUGGAUUCGGAAGCCCGAUGUCUACAGGCGCCUGAAGCGGCCAUCGUGCGCUCCUGCAGCAGCGGCCCCCGUUGAGGGCGCGCACGUGGCGCCGCGUGCCACCAGCGUGGCAGCGUUUGAAGCGGAGGCGUCAGAUGCCCUGCAGCAGCUGGAGGCGGAGGUUGCUGCGGCCUGCGCAGCCCUGGGGGCGGAUGCAGAUGAGGGCCGCCUGGACGUCUCAGGUCUGAGGCUCCCGCAGCUGCCCAACCCGCGGGACGAGCUGUCAUACCUCAACAGCCUGGACCCCCAGCAGCUGCUCGGCGUGCGCGCGCCUCCACCAGCCGCCGGCGCCGGCCCCUGGCUUGGCGACGCGCGCGGCGCGGGCGGGCGUGCGCCGCCGCCGCCACGGGCGCGGGCGCGACACCCCGAGGGGCACGCGUUUCAGGCGGCCGACCGGCAGCAGGAGGAGGCGCGCUCGGUGGCGGCGCAGCUGCUGCACAGCGUGCGUGAGGCCCGGGAGCUCAAGGCGUCGGUGCGGCUGCCGCAGCCGCCGCCGGUGCGGAUGAUGCCGCCCAGCGCCGGCGCGGCCGCGCCUUCGGCAUACGCCUGGAUUGACGGCCGCUUCUACAGUGACGGCCGCGACGCGCGCGCCGCGGACGCGGGGGCGGAGGUGGCGGCGUUCUGUCGAGAAGCCAACGUGACGGUUCCGCUGCGGCUGUGGGCCGCACCAAAGACAGCGCAGGCUGGUGCGGCAGGGGCUGCGGAGGCGGCGGCAGGGACAGCGGAGGGGGCCGCGGGGGACGGCGGCGGAGAUGGCGGCGAGGGUGACGACGCAGGCGGCGGCGGCACCAGCGGGCGCAUGGAGCAGGUGCGGUUGGCUGACCUGGACCUGGCGGUUGCCAACCGCCCCACCUACCUGUACUGCCAUCAGGGCUGCUGCGAGCACGGGUGGUUUGUCACCGACAUCCGCCUGCGGCAUCCCCUCGACCCGCCGCCGGCGCCGGGCAACUACCCUCGCGUGCUCUUCCGCGCGCCGCCGCCGCCGGCCUGGCGCUGCGGCGUGUGCGGCAAGGCGCGCGCCGUCGCGGUCGCGCCGCACCACCCGGCGGCGCCAGAGGCGCCGUGCCUCCUGUGCGCCGGCUGCCGGGGCCUGCUCCUGCCCCCAGGGGCGCAGGCGCGGGCGGCGGGCGCCGCUGGUGGCGGAGCGGGGCGAGGGGAGGUGUACAGCCUCUUAUGA